CGGCGUGACGCGUGACGUCAGGGCGCCGGCGCGUCUGUGCGGGAGGGAGCGAUGCCGCGCGUCUACAUCGGGCGCCUCAGCUACCAGGCCCGCGAGCGGGACGUGGAGCGCUUCUUCAAGGGCUACGGGAAGAUCGUCGAGGUCGACCUCAAGAACGGGUAUGGCUUUGUUGAGUUUGAUGAUGUGCGUGAUGCUGAUGAUGCUGUUUAUGAGCUAAAUGGCAAAGAUCUUUGUGGGGAGCGUGUAAUUGUUGAGCAUGCCCGGGGCCCUCGUCGCGACAGCAGUUAUGGUUCUGGACGCAGUGGAUAUGGUUAUAGAAGAAGUGGAAGAGACAAGUAUGGGCCUCCGACCCGUACUGAAUACAGAUUGAUCGUUGAAAAUCUGUCAAGCCGUUGCAGUUGGCAGGACUUGAAGGAUUACAUGCGUCAAGCAGGUGAAGUGACAUACGCUGACGCACACAAAAGCAGGAAAAAUGAAGGCGUGAUUGAGUUCAAAUCCUAUUCUGACAUGAAAAGAGCCCUCGAAAAGCUGGAUGGGACAGAAGUCAAUGGUAGAAAAAUACGGCUAGUUGAAGAUCGGCCUGGGUCCAGGCGCCGCCGGUCCUAUUCCAGGAGUCGAACUCAUUCAAGGUCUCGCUCUCGAAGCAGACACUCUCGCAAAAGCAGGAGUCAUAGUGGGAGUACCAAAAGCAGUCAUUCGAAAAGCAGAUCACGAUCCAGGUCUGGAUCCCCUUCCAGAAGCAAGAGCCGCAGUCGAAGCAAAAGUCACGGCCGAGGCCAAAAAGAAAAAAGCCGGAGCCCAAGUAAAGAUGACAAAAGCAGGAGCCGCAGCACGAGUGUGGAGAAAUCCCGAAGUAAAAGCAAAGACGAACCAGAGGAGGUGGUUCGCAAUGAUGAUGAUGACGACGAUGAUGACCAGGCAAAGAGCAGAAGUCCCAGCAAGGAAAAGAGUAAGAGUAAAAGCAGGAGUAGGAGUGGCAGUAAAGAGAAAGGAGACAAAGAGGAGGAGGAGGAGAGGGGGGAUGUGAGGCGCAGCAGGAGCAAAGAGAGGGAGAGGAGUGCCAGCAAGGCGAGGAGCCGGAGCAAAGAAGGGAGCAGGAGCAAAGAAAGGAGCAGGAGCCGGAGCCGUAGCAAGAGCAAGGACAAGAGGAAAGGUAGGAAGAGAAGCAGGGAGGAGGCCAGCCGGAGCCGGAGCCGGAGCCGGAGCCAGAGCAGGGGCGAGCGGAGCAAGAGGCGGAGUAAAGGCGAGAGCAAGUCCAGCAGCAAGAAGAAGAAGAGAGAAGACCAAGAGCGCUCCCGGUCCAGGUCCCGGUCCCGGUCCAAGGAGAAGGAGCCCGCAAAAGCAGAACCCGCCGCAAAGGAAUCACCCAAAGGCGAGGGUGAGGAAAUGGACACCCGUUGUAAAUCCCGCUCACGAUCAAAUUCCAAGUCUAAACAGAUUGUCAAGUCAAAGUCCCGCUCCAGAUCCAAAUCAGUUUCCAAAACAGGAUCCCGGUCCAAGUCUAGGUCUCGGUCUGCCUCUAGGUCGCGGUCCCGGUCUAGGUCGCGGUCCCGUUCCCAAUCUUAACCUUUCUGCGGCCACGCUUAGAGCUCUCUACGAGGAGAAGCCUUUUGUACAUGUUUGGUAGUUGUAGCGGAGGUGGUGGAGUAGAACACGUCACAGCUGUACAUUUUUAAUAUGUACUCCCCCCCCCCCCGGCACCCUCCCGUGUGUCCGUACUCUGUACAUGUUCGGUCCGGUGCUCCCUCUCGGUCGCCCUUUCUGGUCCUUGAGGUUGGUCGGCCAACCUUGUCCGGACACCCCGCACCACUGGUUUCCAGAAUAGCCAUAGGGAACGAGCACUGCAGCCUCAUGGGCUCCUAAGACUGGGAUGAGGACUCCUAGGUAGAUAUGAGAACUUCAACCCCCCCCCCCCCCCCCCCCCCGUGGUGUGUACGUCAUUUAGUGAGAAGUGCAAAAGUCUUAAAUUCCAUAUUCCUUUUCCGUUUUAAUACUUUGGACUCGUAGAGUUUAUGAAUAAUAAAUAGCACAGUAAGUCAAAUAGAUGCCAUCUGCAGUAAACAAUAUAAGGAAGAAAAAAACGGGGGGAAAGUAGAGUUCCACUCUCUGGUAUUGUGACAAUAUCCUUGUUUUAUAUAUUUUUUUUAAUUUCCCCCCCCUCACAUUGAAGAGUACAGUGGCCCCUGUUUCCAUUCAAUUUGAAUAAAGACUAUUUUUGCUUGA